CAAAGCUGUGUUACACUGGGAGUCUGACGCAAUUAUUUUGCAACUCAUUUUCAACAGAAGCUCUUUUUGGACAGAGGAUAAAGCUUUCAAAGUCACAAUGUGUUUCCACAGUACUAUGAACUCUUACUUACUCGAGGAAAAUGUGAUUCCACAUGAUGGGGUUUUUUUUUUUUUGCUUUAUUCUGUUAUUGCUCAAUCUUUUGUACGUUAUGUGGAACUGGACUCUUCAUUAACACACUUGAGUGCUGAUGACUGUGCAUGAGUUGGGGUUUCUGAGCUUAGAUGGGUGGUAGCCAUAAGAGCUAUAUAAGAUGUCCACUAUGAUUUAGAGAUAUCUAGAGAGCAAGCCGUGUCUGCUUCAGAGCCUGAGUAUAUAGUUUAGUCUUGCACUGUGAGAGUGAGAGCAUGUCUGCUGCUGUGACUCUAGCGCUGCUGUUCUUCUUGUCUGUGGCACUGAACGAACAGGUGACCGAGGGAUGCACAUGUUUACCGAGACACCCUCAACAGCAUUUCUGCGCAUCUGAUAUAGUGAUUCGAGCUAAGGUCAUUGGAAAGGUGAACAGCAAUCUCCCUGAAUUAGAUGCAUACAAAAUCCAAACUAUUGAGAAAUUUAAGCCAUUAGACAAGAAGAGAAUUCAGGUCAUCUACACAAGGUCACAACAAACUUUUUGUAGCAUCAGUCUGCAAAACGACGAGUAUCUGCUGGCAGGAAGUGUCCAGGGCGGCAGCCUCGUUCUUAAUUUAUGUGACCUUGUGAAGCCUUGGAACAAACUCUCCCAAGCUCAAAAGUUGUACCUCAGCAUGUAUCAGAGCGGCUGUGUUUGUGAGAUCUCGCCCUGUACUGGAGCAUCCUGUUUGAUCAAGAUGGCUCAGAAAAAAUGUCUGAUAAAAGCCAAAGAUUUAUUCAGUUUUGAUGAUGAAGAGGCUCUUCAGUCUAUUUGCCUGCCAGACAGUGCUGGUUUCUGUAAAUGGCGAAAAAGUAUUAAGUAACUACAAAUGCUCCUAAAAAUGAUGCCCUGAAAAACAAGUGCAUCAGCCAUUUGCAGUAUGCAUUUUUGCCCUAUUGUUCUCCAGAAUGCUUAGCAUUUUGAAAUAAAUUUAAACAAUUUAAUGAAGCUUUGCAAUGCAGUCAGCAAAUACAUACAAAACACUGUUUUCAUGGAGAUAUGCAAUCAACCAUUAAACUGUUUUGCAUGUAAAA